UUUUACAAAUACUCUCUUCCCGGUUCGGCGCCUCUCCUCUCCGCCAAUUCCCUCCAGUUCCCUCCUCGCACCCGUUCACCUCCCCAAUCCAGAUCCACCGCCGGCGCCGCCCACCGCCCGAGGCCAACGCGGCGGCCGCCGCCCCCGCCUUUCUCCGGCACCACGAUUCGCGCCCUCCUCCAGCGCCUGGACUCCGCGGAUCUGCAGGUGGAGUAGACCAGAACAAAUAUCGGAUAGAGUAAUGCGCUGUUUGUUCCUGGAGUAGCAGCAUCAAGAUCCAAACCCUCCCCCUCCCGUGAUGGAGAGCGGCGGCAUGGUUCUCGAUGUUGCUCGCCCCGAAGAAGCCCCUGACCGCAAUGAGGCGGGGCCACAUGACGAUUUGGGGCAAUCGCAGAUGCAAGUCGACGGCCCCGUUGUUCUCAACCGAUCCGCCGAGCUCGAGUCGUCUGACUCGAUGGCCAUCGAUGGCGCCCCGGCUCAAGCGCCGUCAAGCCAGCCGGUGGCGGCGACGCAGCAGUCUCCUGCUACGCUGACGGACGCCAUCGUGGAGGUGCAGAAGCAGCUGAAGCGGAAGAGGGCCUCCAGCGGUCCGGCAAUUGCUACCGCGGACAAGGACGCUCUUGUUGCCGGAUGCCGGCAGGAGCUCGAGGGGCUCUUCCAGUAUUACAAGGAGGUUUCUGACCGCAAGAUGCGGUUUGAUGGUGGGAACCUGUCUGGCAACGCGUUGGUUGGCUGCUUGCUUGAGGAGAGCAGUCUUGGGCUGACCAAGUUGGUGGACGAGAUAUAUGAGAAGAUGAAGGGAUUGGAUGGUGUGUCGACGGCAUCAGUCCGUAGCUCUGUGCUGCUCGUUGGGCAGAGGAUGAUGUAUGGGAAUUCUUCCCCGGAUGCUGAUGUGUUGGAAGAUGAAUCGGAGUCAGCUCUUUGGUGCUGGGAGAUAAGAGAUCUGAAGCUGAUGCCUGUGAAAGCACGCAGCAUUCUGAGUACACGGAGAUCUGUCAGAAAGAAAAUCCAUGAGAGGAUCACUGCCAUCUAUUCAACUUUGUCAGUCCUGGAAAACCCAGGAGUUGAAACCCAGGUAAAUGAUCUCAGAAAAGCAUCAUUAAAGUUGAAUAAAUCAUUGAACCUGGAAGGGAUCAGAUCAAUGGUGGAACGGGCGAUUCAGAAGAACAACACAGAAAGAGGUGUGAGAGAUGCUGGGUCAACAGUCAAGGGGUUGAUGCAAGACACGGAGAAAAAUGACCAAAAUGCUAGCAGGCAUGAUGAUGCGAGUGUCUCUGAGCCGCAGAAUGGAAACUUGCCUGCUAAUGAAAAGGAUAUUCAAAAAGUGCAAAAAGAAGUUGAGAAGGAAAUGAAACGCCAGGAGAAAGAAGAAGCUCAGAUGAGGAAACUGCAAAAGAAACAACAAGAAGAGGCUCUAAGAGAACAGAAAAGACGUGAAAAGGAAGAGGCUGAAGCUAAGAAACAACAAAAGAAGCAGGAAGAGGAAGCAUUGAAAGAACAGAAGCGUCGUGAAAAGGAAGAAGCUGAAAUGAAGAAACAGCAGAAAAAGCAGCAAGAGGAAGCUGAGAAAGAACAGAAACGCCGUGAGAAGGAAGCUGCACAACUCAAGAAGCAACAAGCUAUUCAAAAGCAAGCUUCUAUGAUGGAGCGCUUUUUCAAAAGUAAGAAAGACAGUGGAAAACUUCAAAAAUCUGGAGAGAAUGACUCAGCUGAUGAUCCCAUUGACAACAAAGGGGCAGUACCAGCAACCACAUCAAAAAUUGAUUCUUCCUUGUCUCAACAAGAAAGCUGGGUUUUAGAGGAUCUUCGGAGGUUGCAGGUCAUUGGUUGGAAGAAGCUAUCUAGCUACAAUAGGUCCUCCAGAUGGGGUAUCAGAAGCAAACCCAAGGUGGAGGCAUUUAAAGAGCUCAAGCUUCAGAAAUCUUCAGAUGAUAUGGUUGAUGAAAUCCUUUCCACUCCAAAUGAAGAUAACUGCCACAACUCAAGUCAGGAGAAUGAACAUGAUAAGCUUGAAAGUGAAAUUGACAUGCUACCAGCUAGUGAGAUGCAAUGUCAUGACACUAGUAAUGCUAAACCUCUGCAAUCUAGAUUGAUUAGGAGGAAACUUCUGCAAUUUGACAAAAGUAACAGGCCAGCGUAUUAUGGAACCUGGAGGAAGAAAAGUGCUUUUGUUGGCCCAAGGUGUCCACUUAAGAUGGAUCCUGAUCUUGACUAUGAGGUUGAUAGUGAUGAUGAAUGGGAAGAGGAGGAUCCUGGUGAGAGUCUUUCUGACUGUGAGAAGGAUGGUGAUGAAGUUAUGGAAGAAGAUUCCAAAAUUACAGAUGAAGAGGAUGAAGAUAGCUUUGUUGUGCCUGACGGCUAUCUCUCUGACAAUGAGGGGAUACAGAUUGAAAGUCUAUUGGAUGAUAAGGAUGAGGAAGCCAUUAGCUCACCAACUGGUCAGUGCACAGAAGUUGAAGAAUUCAGGUCCCUACUGCGCCAGCAAAAAGUCCUGAACACUUUGACUGAGCAGGCUCUUCGGAAGAGCCAACCUCUUGUUAUAUCCAACCUAAAUCAUGAAAAAGCUGAAUUACUGACUGCUGAAGACAUCAAGGGAACAGCAAAGGUUGAGCAACUAUGUCUGCAAGUUCUUUCAAUGCGCAUCUGUCCGGGAGGUGUGAUUGUUGAUGUGCCUACAAUUGACAACUCAUCUGCAAGUGCUGAGGAAAUUAACCAGUGCAAUGUGAAAAAUGGCUCUCCUGGGUCUGCAUCUGCAUCUGCUAUACCAGAAACGGACCUGCCAGAAAUUGUUCAGGUGAUUCGAUCAUGUCGAGAGGGUAUCUACAAGGUGGUUGAAUUGCUGCAGCAGAAGUUUCCAAAUGUUGCGAAGUCUCAACUG